AUGAACGAUUCUGAAUCGGUAAAAAGUGAUGAUGGUUUAAAAACAAAGGACUCAAUUCGAUGUUUAGUCGUUGGAGAUGGAUUUGUUGGAAAAACAUCUUUAUUACAUGUUUAUGUUAAUGGCACAUUUCCAGAAACUUACGAGCCAACUGUAUUCGAUAAUUAUGCGGUUUCAGUUAAACAUCGUAAAAAAUUGUAUAAUAUGGAACUUUACGAUUCUGCGGAAGAAUGGGAUCAAUUGAGAAUGAUGAUGUAUCCUCAAACAAAUGUAUUUCUUGUUUGUUAUUCAUGUGUUCAACCAGCUAGUUUUGAUAAUGUUGAAAAAAAAUGGAUACCUGAACUUCGACAAUAUUCACCGAAAGCACUAAUUAUACUUGUUUGUACAAUGAUCGAUCUACGUAGUAAUCGCGAACACAUUGAACGUUUAAAAACUAUUGAAAAAAGUCAUCCAGUUACUCAACAAGAAGGCAUGAAUUUAGCACGAAAAACAAAUUGUGAUGGUUUUAUUGAAUGUUCAUCCAUCAUACAAUUUAAUGUCAAUGAUAUUUUUACAACUGUUGUUAGUUUAUUUCAUAAAAAGCGUUAUCAUCGUGGACAAAAAAAAUUAUCAUCAUCAUCGCAACAUCGAAAAUUACGUAAUCCAUGUAGAACUAUUUGUUGUUGCACAAAUGUUAAACGGUCAAAUAUGGGUGAUGAAUGA